AUGGAGGAUGCUUAUUGGAAUCGUCAACCGCAACUUUCUCAAUCUGCUGGAUUGCUCAAUCAACCGCACCCUGAAUAUGUACCAGAAAUGCCACAAUCUGGGAUGCCAUCAGCUGAUGAAGUGCAUCAUUACUUAGGAAGGAAUGAUGAUGGUAUAGGACCUCAAGUAGUGAACACACAAUCAAUUGGAUUAGCAGAUGAUCGUGGUGUACCUCGAGUAAUGGGCACACAGUCAAUCGGAUCAGCAUAUGAUCGUUAUCUCCAGAGUUUGGUAAUCACUGAAGCUGAAAAUGCUCCUACAUUUUUCCGUGGGUCAAAGCUAGCCAGAGCAGGUGGUGGUGGUAGUAUACCUGCCCUUGGUGUUCGUGAUCCUCUUCCAUCGGCUCGUGGGCCAGAGCUAGCACCAAAUAGAAGACGGAGGCCUCGUGAAACACUAACUCUCCCUCCUGGUGCUUCUAACACUCUCUUCAUAGAGGGACUUCCUUCAGACAGCACCAGAAGAGAAGUAGCUCAUAUUUUUCGUCCUUUUAUAGGCUACAAAGAAGUGAGACUUGUUAAAAGGGACUCAAAAUAUCCUGCUGAAGAUCCUAUCCUUGGGUUUGUAGAUUUCAGAAAUCCAGCGUGUGCCGCUACUGCCUUGAGGGCAUUGCAAGGUUACAAAAUGGAUGAAGAUGGCAUUCAUUCUACCUACUUGAGGUUGCAGUUCUCCAAGUUUCCAGGUCGGAGGUUUGGUGGUCGUGGGAAGCGAUAA